AUGAGGAGAUCGAUUCAGAAUUUCAGACAGCUGGGUGGUGAGUCUUUGGCCGAAUCAUGGGAGAGAUUCAAAGAGAUGAAGAGACAAUGCCCACAUCAUGGUAUUCUGAGUUGGGACUUAAUGCUGGCUUUAUAUGAAGGAUUGUUGGAUAAUUCAAAAAUCCUAGUUGAUGCUUCAUCGGGGGGAUCAUUCACAGUCCUAGAGAUAGAUCAAGCCGAAGAACUAUUAGAAAGGGUUGCAAUGAAUGGAACAACUUGGUACUUAGAGAGAUCUUCCCCGAAAUUGGUGGGAGGUGUGAAUGAUGUUGAUCAAAUAUCAGCUCUAUCAGCUAAGUUUGAUAAUGUGGCCACUUUAAUUCAACAGUUGGCUCAGAUUUCUAUCAAGAAUCAAACUCCAGGUAAUGUUUCUACAUCUUCUACUCCUCUAAGACCUAUAACGAUGUGUGAAUUUUGGGGAGGAGAGAACAAUUCAGAGGAGUGUUUCAGUGUUGAUUCUCAUGCCACAAUGGAACAAGUUGAUGUGAUAGGGUAUGGUAGGAUACAACCAGUAUUCCAACAACAAGGAACAUACGAUCCAAAUGCACCAAGGAACCAUCCUGGUUUCUCUUGGAGUAAUCCAGCUGGGGCAGCUAAUCCUCAACCCUUGAAUAAUAGAAUUCAACCACCAGGAUUUCAGGGACAACAAAAUUUUAGAGGGGGUCCUCCGAAACAGUUCAGGCAAAACCAAGGAUAUCAAGCUCCAGUAAAUCAAUCUAAGCCUAAUGUGGAAGUACCGGCCCCGUUGAAUAUGGACGUAUUGUUGGAAAAAUUGGUUAAAGGUCAGCUAGAGCUUACAGAGAGGAUGGAUCAGAUGAGUGCUCACCAAAAGAUGUUAGAAAAUCAGUUAGCAAAUCAAGCUUCUACACGGAGUAUUAAAGUCACAGGGAAGUUGCCAGCUAGAACUGAAAAUCCAAGGGAGCAUGUAAAUGCAAUUGUUACAAGGAGUGGCACGGUAUUGGGAGGAGUAUACCUAAGCAUAGAGAUCCGGGGAAGUUCACAAUUCCUUGCGUUAUUGGAGGCCGACCUUUAA